CACUUGACCAAUAAGGUUUCGAGUACAAGUUGGGAAUAGUUAAAGCAUAUAAUAGAUUUCUCUUUCCAUACAACCAUAGUCUUUUCAAUUUGCCACCUUCCUAUGGACCCCCCUUUUGACAAUUUCAUAAAGUCAAUGCAAAAGGCAAAGCAACAAGCUUUCUUUUUUUCCUUUCUUUCCUUAGGUAGAGAAAUCCAUGACUAACUAUUCCUAAAAACCACUCUUUUUCUUUCUCUCUCACAGCUCAGUUCACAAAAUACAAAUAGUAAUACCACCUAUUUGGCUUUUUCUUCCUUUUUUUUUUUUCUUCUUUAAUAAAAAAUACUUCUUUAUUUUUCUGUGAGUAUAAAUAAUUAAACAAUUUACCAAGUCAGUGCUCCACCAUUUCCUCUCACUCCAAUCUCUCUAAAAAUUGUCUGAUUUUACUCUUCCAAAAGUCAGCGCCGUCCUUUAUGCCCUUCUUCUCUCCGUCUGUCUUUGUUUUGCCAAUUUGCUUCUCUUCAAUUUGGCUUUAAACAGUAGCUACACCGCCUUAAAAAAAAAAAAAAAAAAAAAAAAAAAACCUUCAGAUUGAGUAGGCGAGAGUUUCUAGGCAUACGAAAAAUCCCCUUUUUAUAGUGCUGGAAAUGGCAGAGGAUUGGGAUCUUUAUGCCGUGGUUCGGAGUUGUAAAUCGGCCACACACACUGCUACGGCCACAGCCGCCGCCGCUGCCGACGAUGACAACAUAUACCCUAUAAGUAGUAGUACUAGUGCUACUUGUGCCACCGAAGGAGAAGAAGAAGACCCUUUGGCCUGUUUGGCAUCUCUGAAAUUUGAGGAAAAUGAUGAUCCUUUUUCUUUUCCAAAUCUUCUUGUUGAGCCUAGAAACAAUGCUUUCCAAGAGUUACAGCAAUUCUACGAGCCCUUUUUCUCCAACCACACGACCACCACCACUACCACAACAACAAGCACUAAUAAUCUUGGGGUGGUUAUUCCAGAUUCCUCCAUUUCUGAAUUUGGAGGAAAAACUAGUGGCCAACAACAGAAGCAACAGCAUCAUCAUCAUGAUAAUAAUAAUUUACUGAAUAUCAGCGCCAAUAUUCGGCCUCGCUUCUCUCCCGCAUCCUACAUUUCUGGGUUUGGAGGAUUCAGUGGAGACAAACAAGUGAAACAUGCACAGGCUCAGCCAAAACAAGAGCAACAAAAUAUUGAACAAGAAGCUCGGGAUCAGCAGGGAUUGAUAAUUCAAAGGCCCGAGACCAGUUCCGCUGCUGCAACUCGUUGUUUAUCAAUCGGGCAAUCUCAAACUCAAACACCCAGAUCAAGAAAAAGGAAGAGCCAACAGAAAAGAAUGGUGUGCCAUGUAACACAAGAGAAUCUCUCUGGUGAUUUAUGGGCAUGGCGCAAAUACGGUCAAAAACCCAUCAAGGGUUCUCCAUAUCCAAGGAAUUAUUACCGGUGCAGUAGCUCAAAGGGAUGUGCAGCAAGAAAACAAGUGGAGCGUAGCAACACGGACCCGAACAUGUUCAUAGUGACAUACACAGGCGAACAUACUCAUCCUCGUCCUACUCACCGGAACUCACUCGCCGGCAGUACUCGAACCAAAUUCACAGCCAAUCAAAAACAAACCACCGACAAAGAUACCGAUCAGCCAUCAUCCACCAUGGCAGCCAAUAAUCCUUCGUGUUCGUCUCCGCUUUCCGGUACAAGCCUCUCUCCCCCCACGCCACUAACAGUGCAGACUGACGAAGAGACUGCAAAGCUUCAGGCGGAGGACAAGCUUUCCAAAGAAAGCGAGGAAAUAAUGGACGAUGAGAAUGAAGAUAUUGAAAUUGAAGAUGAUAUUCUGAUCCCAAACAUGGUUAUGUCUGAGGAUAUCUUCUUGGGUUUACAAGAGCUUGGUUGUAUCUCUUCUUCUCCUCCUGGUACUGCUACUGCUGCUGAUCAGAUUCAGAGUCCUUCUAAUUCCAGGGAUAGCUUUUCCGAGAAGGGCCCAUCUAGUUUGGGCUCUUACUGGGCUUCUUCUAGCUCCGCCGCUGCCGGAGCCACCGUUGGCGGUGGCUGCUGACUCGUAGGGGAAAAAAAAUAAAAAACCUUAGGUGGCCGGCUUGAGACUUUUUUUUUUUCUUUUUUUAAGAAAAUUUUUAUUGGGUGUUGGCUUUUCGGAAGAGGGUUGUGGGAUUCUAAUACUGUAUAGAAAGAGAUAGAAAGAAUCUCUUUCCUCUCCACCCACACAGAGAGAGUUUUUCUUUUUUUCUUUUUUAUUUUACUUUUUCCUGUAAAUAAAAUAUAGUUUUUUUGGGGUUAAAAUCCGGGUAGUUUCAUUAUAAUCUUGUAUGAUUCAUUAAAAGUUUCAUUUUAAUCUUGUAUUAUUCAUUAAAGUCAGUAAUUUUUCA